AUGGAGCCCUUCACAAUCCCCAAAUCAUCCCUGGAAUCCUUCACCAACAAAACAAUCGUCAUCACAGGAGGCUCGUCAGGCAUCGGGCUCGCAACCGCCGAACUCCUCCUCUCCCUCUCCCCAACAAACAACGUCCGCGCCGGCUUCGCCGCCGCCAUCACUCGCUUCGGCCGCAUAGAUGCCGUCUUCGUCAAUGCGGGCAGAGCCGAGUACGGCGACCAGUUCUUCCGCGAUGAGCUGGAGGGGACGAAGGGCGGGUUGGAGAGGUUUCGGAUGUUAAGGGAGCCGGAUAGGAGGGUUGUAGAUGUUGAUUUGCGGGCGGCGGCGGACACGGUCAAGUUGGCGAUUUACUGGAUGCGGAAGAGGGUUGUGGGGAUGGAUGGGAGGAAGGGCGGGGUGGGUGCGGCGAAGCAUGGAAUUGUGGGCCUCCUCCGCUCCCUAAAGAACGACGUUGCAAAAUAUAACAUCUCCCUCUCCGUCGUUGCUCCCGCCAUCACUUUAACCCCUAUUAUCGCCAGCUCGGGACGCCGCACCACCUCUGACCCGGCCGAAUGGGCUGCCUCAAUGGCCAAAGUCGGCGUCCCUAUCAAUAAAGCUGAGAGUGUUGCUUUGGCAGUGGCACAUUUGAUAAAUAUUGGCAUGCAAGCCAAUGGGCAAGGUUUGCUAUUGCAGAAGGAUAGGAUGGUUGAUGUUGAGCGGGGGAUUGCGAGGUCGAGAGCGAUGUGGAUGGGGAAGGAGAUGUUGGAUUUGUUUAAUGGGGGGAGAAAUGGGCUUAGAGCUCAGAAUAAGAUUUGA